UUGGGCUAAUUCAAAGGUAGUUUUUCGGUGUGUUCGGAGCAUUUGGUCUGGCCUUCUGGUAUGGCAUUCGACGAUACAUUGCCGGCGGCAUCGACAACGCCGGUGUAGUCAUCGUCGUGCUGAUGUCGGUCAUGAUGAUUCUCACAUCCUUGGAGCGCAUAUCGAUACCGCUCAUGGCUGUCAGCAAGGCCAUCGUUGCUGCUUGUGAAAUUCUCACAGUCAUCGAUGCGCCUGUCCCCGAUCCUGGUUCUCUCAAGCCAGAUAUAGUCUCCGAAGACUUAAUUAUCGACAACGUGACGUUCGAGUAUCCCAGCCGACCCGGAGUUAAAGUCCUGGAUGAAUUGAAUUUUCGAAUUCGGGUGGGCCAAAACACUGCUCUUGUUGGUCCGUCUGGUUCAGGCAAGAGCACAAUUGUCGGCUUGAUAGAACGGUGGUACUCUCUAAGAGAGCAGCACGUUCUGCCUCAAGUGAUCGGUGCAAAGAAACCGGAGAAGCCAAAUGAGGAGAAGCAAAAUGAGGAGAAGAACUCCCAGUUAGAGAAAGAGCUGAAGGUUUCCAUCAAGCCCAAACUCUCUGGAUCCAUUACAGUAGGGGGUCAUAAUCUUGAUGAUCUCGACCUCAAAUGGUGGAGGGCACAGGUAGGCCUAGUCCAGCAAGAACCUUUUCUCUUCAACGACACCAUUUUUAGGAACGUCGCAAAUGGCCUCAUUGGGACCGAGUGGGAAAAUGAGCCCGAAGCCUGGAAACGUGAGCGGGUUGAAGAAGCAUGCCAGGAAGCCUACGCCGACGAGUUUAUCAACCGUCUACCCGAUAGAUAUGACACUCAAGUUGGUGACGGCGGGGCAAAGCUGUCUGGCGGUCAAAAACAACGCCUCGCCAUUGCCAGGAGCAUCAUAAAAAAGCCUCGGAUCAUCAUCCUGGAUGAAGCUACCAGUGCAAUCGACGCCAAGAGCGAGAGGAUAGUUCAGGCGGCCCUUGAUAGGGUCACGCAAAACCGCACCACCAUUACCAUCGCCCACCGUCUUUCAACUAUUAAGAAAGCGGAUCACAUCGUUGUGUUGAAAAAUGGGCGAGCGGUCGAGGAAGGCACCCACCAAAGCCUUAUUGCCAAUCCAUCUGGUGUUUACAGCGCCCUAGUCCGCGCUCAAUCGCUACAUUUGACACAAGAUGAUGGGCCAGAGCCUGAUACGCCGGCAUUUGGGCAUGGCGUGGAAUCGGAGAAGAUGCUCGGCGAUCACGACCAAGUUGCAAACCCAGCUCCUGCCGUCGCUCUUCAAGAAGAGGAGAAUGGGCAGUCUCGAAGCCUGAUCUACAGUAUGGGAAAACUUCUGUACAAGCUGCGAGCGCAGUGGGUUCCCUUUCUGGGAAUCGUCUUUUUCUGCAUGGCGACCGCAGCCGCCACACCGAUCCAAGCUUGGCUCUUUGCCAAAGUCAUUGACGUCUUUCUUAUGAGUGGUGAAGAUCUUAAGAAAGGAGGAGACUUCUGGGGCUUGAUGUGGUUUGUCUUAGCUGCGGGUGCUGGCGUCGCAUACCUCUUCUGGGGCUGGACUAGUCUCCAUGUCCAGUACUUUGUCAGUGCGGCGUAUAAGAAGCAGUAUCUCGCCGACAUGCUAUAUCAAAAACUCAGCUUUUUCGACAAAGGAGAGAACUCCCACGGCACAUUGAGUUCCCGGAUCGCGAGUGAUUCAAAACACUUGGAGGAACUUUUUGGUUUGAACUUGGCGGCCUUGCUCACCGGCCUUUUUACUGUCGUGGGUUGCAUCAUCAUCGCGCUCGUCUUCGGUUGGAAGCUCGGAUUAAUCGCUUUGUUCAUCACCAUGCCGAUCAUGCUGGCUUCCGGCUUCUGGAGAUACAGACAGGAGGUACAAUUCGACAAGAUGAACUCAGCUGUCUUCAUGGAAAGCUCGCAAUUCGCCACGGAAGCCAUAGGCGCGAUCAGAACGGUCUCUGCUUUCACGAUGGAAGACAUGAUCAACGAAAGAUACAAAAAGCUCUUAAGUGGUCACGUUCAAGCAGCUCGCCGCAAAGCCCAGUGGACAGCCGUGCUUUUCGGUUUCGCGGACAGCGCCAGCCUUGGUUGUCAAGCCUUGAUCUUCUGGUACGGUGGCAAGCGCCUGGCCAAUGGCGAGUACAAGAUGGACGCAUUUUUCGUUUGUUUCAUGGCCAUCAUCCAGGGUGCAGAGGCGGCAGCCCAAGUGCUUUCGGUAGCGCCUAGUGCGGCACAGGCAAAAAUAGCUGCUAACCGCAUACACGAUGUUCAAGAGUCCGCGGAUGUGGACCGAAUCGCGACUAUGGAGAACGGAGAUAUACCUGGAACAGAUGGCGGCGUGCAAGUCGAGCUGCGAGACGUCUAUUUCAAGUACCCCACGCGUAACAUUCCCAUUUUUGAAGGCCUGAAUCUCAGCAUCGGCAAAGGACAGUACGCAGCAUUUGUCGGGCCGUCCGGAUGCGGGAAAACGACCAUUAUUUCCCUUUUGGAGCGGUUCUACGACGUGGGUCCAGGCCAAGGCGCCAUUCUAUGCAACGGCGUCAACAUCAACAGCCUUAACGUCUAUGGUUAUCGCCAGCACUUGUCCCUCGUAGCCCAGGAGCCGAUAAUGUUUCGGGGAACCGUGCGUGACAACAUCCUCUUCGGCAUAGCUGAUCCUAGCUCUGUUUCGGAAGAGAGAAUCCAUGAGGUCUGUCGCGAUGCUUUCAUACACGAUUUUAUUGUUUCUUUGCCCGAGGGUUACGAUACCGAUGUCGGUCAAAAAGGCGUCUCCAUGUCCGGGGGGCAGAAGCAACGAAUUGCUAUUGCACGAGCUUUGAUUCGGGAUCCCAAGAUUCUCCUUUUGGAUGAAGCCACAUCAGCACUGGACUCCGAGUCAGAGAAGGUUGUCCAAGCCGCAUUCGAAAAAGCUCGUAAUGGGCGGACUAUGAUCGCUGUGGCUCAUCGGCUCUCGACAAUCCAAAAAGCCGAUGUGAUUUUUGUUUUUGAUGAGGGAAGAGUGGUGGAGAAGGGCACUCAUAAUGAACUUGUCAAGAAACAGGGCGUUUACUGGGAUAUGUGCCAGACGCAAGCUUUGGACCAGUAGGUUCGUGUCUGCAUUUUCGGGGGCCACGGCGCCAUUCGCCAUAACAUGCCCAAACUCUCUAGAUUUAUGUCAAUUAAUUUGUCUCCACUUACCCUAGUUUAUAAUAAACAUACCUGCUGCCGGUGCAGUGAUACCUCA